AUGGACCCAAUUGGAAUCAAACCAUGGGAACUGAAAUCCCUCCCACUACUCCUCACCACCAUGUCGCCGUCCAAUUCUCCCUUCCAUCUCACCCCAGAAUCCAUCUCCCGCCUUUCCACCGAUUACCCACUCUUCUCCUUCACAAUUUCCCUCUGCGUGCUAAUCGUCCUCUACUUCCCUCGCGCCAUCGGUUUCUGCCUCUCGCCGGUGAUCGUCAUCACAGCGCUCAGCCUGCUCUGUCUCAUCCGGCUCGGAACCGUCCAGAGAGCAGAGAAAUCGAAGAAAUCGUCGAACCCAGGAGCGAGAUCGUAG